GCCAUCGCCUCUCUCCCUCUGUGAGGGUUUUUUGAUCGGAAUUCUCUCUCUCUCUCUUUGUCUAAACCUCCACCGGAAUCCGCUAACUUACGCCGAGCGCCGUCGUCCGUCAUGGGCCUACUGGACCAGCUUUGGGACGAUACGCUUGCCGGACCGAGGCCGGACUCUGGCCUCGGCAAGCUCCGCAAGCAACCGACGUUCUCUUCUCGAUCCACCUCCGGCAAGGAAUCGAAUGCAGAGAGUGCGAAGAGUUACGAGGAAGGUGCUUCAUCGGAGGAGACGAUUAGAGUUUCGAGAAGAAUCAUGAUCGUGAAGCCGCCGGGAUAUCAGUACGGUUCGCCUCCGGUGUCGGCGGCCGGCUCCGCUACGCCGCCGCAGUCUCCGUUUUCCGGUAGAGAAUCAUUUCGGUUCCGAAGAAGAUCGACAUCGGAUGCUUAUGAGAAGACAAGCGAAGUCGGACCUCGGACUCCUACUUCUCCUUAUGACAUGUGAGAUAUGAGAUAAUGUCUUUUGAUGAGGAUGAUUGAUAUAUGAUAUAUGAUAUAUGAAUCCCUCUAGAUCUCUCUUAGAUUUGUUUUAGUAUCCUCCUCCCACCUACCUUUCUCUUGUUUUUGGUGUUUAAGAAAUGUUUGAAACUUUCAGUGGGUGUUGAAUUUGUGUGUAAUAUGUAGUUUUAAUGGGUGUGUGUUAGGAAGGUGUGAGCAUACAUAUGGUUGUAGUUUGUAGUUAUCCUCCUUUGUAAUGGUCAUGAUGGUGUCUUUAGUUUGUGUAUAUAUAAAGAAAGAGACAACCUUUUUUCCAUUUCCUAA